AUGAAUCUUUUGAUGUCGAUAAAUUUUGUCAAAAAAUCCGUUCAGGCGUCCAAAUUACACUAUGGAUUAAACAGGAAAGCAGCUCUUAAAUUGGCAUACAGUUUUGCAAAAUGUAAUAAAAUUGUUUACCCAAAAGCCUGGGAUAAAAGUAAGAGCGCAUCAAUAGAUUGGCUACGAGGAUUUUAUACCCGAAACCCCAAUAUAUCACUGAGGAAACCAGAGGCCACCAGUUUAAGCAGGUCAACUAGUUUCAACAAAACCAAUGCUGAUCAGUUCUACAAACAUUUAAAAACUAUAAUGGAGGAAAAGUUGAUUAGACCAGAUGAUAUUUGGAAUAUCGACGAAACGGGACUGUUCAUAAACCAAAAUACAUACAUAUUUCCAAUGGUUAACUCUCGAGAGAUUAUGUUAAAGGGUGGUCCCAUUUGCUGUAAGGGUGCGGCUCAUCCCAGUGGUUGGAUGACCGAAGAAAACUUUUUAGCCUUUUUUAAACACUUUCUGCAAUACGCCAAGCCUUCCAAAGAUCGGCACAUAUUAGAAAUUUUCGAUAACCAUGACAGUGACAUCCAAAUAGACCUAAUAAAUUUAGCAAGAGAGAAUAAUGUAAUUUUGCUUACGUUACCACCGCACACAAGCCACAAAUUACAGCCCCUUGAUCAUAAAUAUAUAUUUUUAAUGAGGAAGAAGGUAGUUAAUGAAGAAGAAAAUGUCGCCGAAGGACAUGAAUCAGAUGACCAUGACGAUGAGGAGUUACACCUGACUGAGGACACUGGGGAGCUCCAGAAACCUAGAACAGCUUCAGAAAAUGUUGCUCCACCAAAGAAAAAAAACUGUUAG